UCAGUGGCUCAAAACAUGUCGUGCAUCGCGUUGUCGUGUCAUGGAACGAGCUUAAAUACGUUUCAUUUGCCUUUUUUGCGAGUGACAGUUAGUUCUUUUAAAAGUACGAAUGCUUUUUAUCAACUGAUAUCAUUCAGUUGUAAUAGAGCAUUGAUAAAAUUUCAGAAAAUUAAAAACGCCAGGUGACAGAAUGCGAUGCGAUGUGAUAGUGGGAACGAAGUGUGGCGGCAGCACUGUACAUUAAACGGAGCAGCGAAGUAGAGGGAGGGAAAGUAAGAAAGAUAUACAAUUGUAGAGUGAAGGAGACAGAGUAAUGAGAGUGAGAUCAAACCAUAUUGCGAACGCCGCGGUGCGAGAAAGACCGAAAUUUCGCUCAGCAGUACACGGCAGUUGGCGUUUGUCCGUGGAAACAGGAUAGUAAUCCAUUGGUGGAAGAAGGAGAAGGCAUCGGAGAAGGAGGGCAGACUCGCGAGGGAGAGGCGACGAGUUUGUUUAUCGCCUUGGUGAACGGCGAGAGCAGUCAGUGCGGUGCUACACUUGGUCUGUAGUGGUCGGAACGAUCGGUAGUUCGGUUCGAAAGUUCGGCCUCGUUCUUCUGACAAUUUGUUCCGAAUAGUGCGUGGGUGCCGUCGUGUUUUUCUAUCGCGCACAUGUCAACGUCUAUUUAACCUCGUCGUAGACCUCGUGCCGGAAGAACAUGCCGCGAACCACUGCCAAAACAUAGUCGUUCUGUGUAUGUAUCGUGUGCCAAAGUCGGUGACAUUUGUGUCGUAGACGCAAGAUCGCUGGAAUUUCACUAUACAACGUGGAAACCUGUAACAUCGUGUGCUUACAACUUAAACAGACAAGAUUCCCCUUCUCCAGCUGAUCGCAAAAAAAAAUCGUGAAAUCGUUUCCGCGAGUGUCGUGUCGCGUGUCGCGAGCGAUCUCGUCACCGUAUCCCCUUCAAUCGUCUUAUUCUCUUUUCACUCCUCCUCCUUCGUGUCGUUCGGAUGCGUCGUAACGUUUACGAUGGUACACGGAAAUUAGAUGAAGAUUCGCGAUUCCCGCCGGUUUUCACGGGAACAUUAACCUUCGAUUUCGUGUUUUUCCCGUCGUACCGUGUCUACGACGUUUGAAAAUUCUUUUCGGUCGUGAAUCUCGGGUUGAACGGGUAGAAAAAUUACGCGUAACGAUAUUUUGGAAGAUAGUAUCUCGUCCGUUUGGAAGUCGACGAGAUGAUCGUUCAAGCGGAUUCGUUGUGCGUGUUACUAGUGAUGUUGAUCGGUGCUCUGUUGGUAAAGUCGGAACCUGGGCCACGGCCGCGAUCAACGCCGAUCUUCACCAAUCAGUUCGCAGUCCACGUGCCAGAUGGACCGGACGCUGCCGCGGAGAUCGCUGCCAAAUAUGGAUUCGACAAUUAUGGACAGAUUGGAGCGCUGAAGGAAUACUUCCUGUUCGCUGACAAACGACUUCACAAGAGGUCCCUCUCCAGCAGCGAGUCCCAUCACAAGACGCUGAGGGAUGAGCCGAGGGUACGAUGGUUCCAACAGCAGCACGAGAAGAAACGAAAGAAGAGGGAUUUCAUGCCCUCGUCGUUCUCGUUCGAUUAUCCGACGUUUUUCGACGAGUUCGGCCCACGUCCCAGGCAGACCACGUACCAUCGGCAAAGGAACAGAGGUGUGCCUCUUCAAAACCUGUUCACGGAUCCUCUCUUUAAGGAACAGUGGUACCUGAAUGGUGGAGCCAAAGAUGGCUACGACAUGAAUCUUGGCCCGGCGUGGCAGAAAGGUUACACUGGUAAAAGUGUCGUCGUUUCGAUCCUCGACGACGGAAUACAGACGAAUCAUCCGGAUUUGGCGUUGAAUUACGAUCACCAAGCCAGCACAGACAUCAACGACAAUGACAAUGACCCGAUGCCAAGGGACAAUGGCGACAAUAAGCAUGGAACUCGCUGCGCCGGUGAGGUCGCUGCUGUCGCUUUCAACCAGUAUUGCGGCGUUGGAGUCGCGUAUAAUGCCAGCAUAGGAGGCGUUCGAAUGCUCGAUGGCCCGGUUAACGACGCCGUCGAAGCCAGGGCGUUGGGAUUGAAUCCUGAUCACAUCGACAUAUACAGCGCUUCUUGGGGCCCGGAGGACGACGGCAAAACCGUGGACGGUCCCGGUCCUCUUGCCAGGAGGGCGUUUAUCUACGGUGUAACUAGCGGGCGCAAAGGCAAGGGUUCCAUCUUCGUAUGGGCGUCCGGCAAUGGUGGCCGUCACACGGAUUCUUGCAACUGCGACGGUUACACGAACAGCAUCUUCACCCUGUCCAUAUCGAGCGCCACCCAAGGCGGCUACAAGCCCUGGUACCUGGAGGAAUGCAGCUCGACGCUCGCCUCGACGUACUCGUCCGGCACGCCCGGCAACGACAAAAGCGUGGCCACCGUGGACAUGGACGCGAAACUGAGGCCGGACCAUAUUUGCACGGUCGAGCACACGGGCCUCACGUGGAGGGACAUGCAGUACCUGGUGGUGCUCACCUCGAGGUCGACCCCCCUCGAGAAGGAGUCGGGCUGGAUCUUGAACGGGGUUAAGCGGAAGGUCUCCCACAAAUUCGGUUACGGGCUCAUGGACGCCGGCGCUAUGGUGAACCUGGCCGAGCAGUGGACCAACGUGCCUCCCCAACAUAUCUGCAAGUCCGAUGAGAUCAACGAGGAGAGGCGCAUCGACCCGACCUACGGUUACACGUUGAGCGUGUACAUGGACGUCACCGGUUGCGCUGGAUCCGUGAACGAGGUCCGGUUCCUCGAGCAUGUGCAGUGCAAGGUAUCCUUAAGGUUCUUCCCACGUGGAAAUUUAAGGCUAUUGCUCACCUCUCCAAUGGGCACCACAUCGACCUUGUUGUUCGAGAGGCCACGGGACGUUCUCAGCUCGAGUUUCGAUGACUGGCCCUUCCUCAGCGUUCACUUUUGGGGCGAAAAGGCGGAUGGCCGGUGGACCUUGCAGGUCAAUAACGCUGGAAAUCGUCAUGUGAAUUCCCCAGGGAUCCUAAAGAAGUGGCAGUUGAUCUUCUACGGAACAGCUACCAACCCGAUCAGGAUUAGAACCCGUCAAUUUAACCCGGUACAUUCUUCGUACGCCUCCGUGCAUUAUCCAUACCCUGUAGACGAUGAUCAGCUAGCGUUGGGUCAUCGCGGCGACGUCGACUUCUUUCCUUCGUCUACCUUUCAGGGUUACCAAGGAUACCCGUACGUAGGGGCAGCGUCCAACGUCCAGGCGUCCGUUGCCACUUUAGACGGCUCCUCGGCACCGAUCCUCACCAAUCGGCUACCAGGGGACACGUCCUCCUCCUUCGACUCGCCCUCCUCCUCGUCCCAGGUCGGCGACGACUCGCUCGACACUACUAGAAAGAUACUUCACGACUGCGACCCCCAAUGCGAUCCUCAGGGUUGCUACGGGAAAGGGCCCACCCAGUGCAUCGCCUGCAAGAAUUAUCGAUUGGACAACACUUGCGUGAGUCAAUGUCCACCGAGGAGCUUCCCAAAUCAGGGUGGGGUCUGUUGGCCCUGCCACGAAUCCUGUGAGAUAUGUGCCGGUGCCGGCCAAGAUUCUUGUCUCUCCUGCGCACCUGCCCACCUAAGGGUUACCGAUCUCGCGGUGUGCCUGCAACAAUGCCCGGAAGGAUAUUACGAGAACACGGAGAACAGUACGUGCGUACCGUGCGAGGCGAACUGCGCAAGUUGCCAGGACAGGCCGGACAAAUGCACCAGUUGCGAGCAUCAUUUGGUCAUGUAUGAAAACAAGUGUUACGCGGCCUGCCCCCUAUACACAUACGAGACACAAGAUUACAAUUGCGCUCCUUGUCAUUCCACGUGCGAGACUUGCAACGGAACCGCCGAGAACCAAUGCAUCUCCUGUCGACCUGGAUUGUUUUCUCUCAACGGCGCCUGUCGAGCAUCUUGUCCAAUCGGAUACGGCGCGGACAAGAAGCGGCGCGAAUGCGUGCCAUGCCCACCCGGAUGCGCUACCUGCGACAUGUCGACGUGCAGGAGUUGCGACGACGGAUGGAGUUUGAACGAGGAAGGUCUUUGCGCACCCGAGCACCGCGAUCGUUGCAAAACAACCGAGUUCUACGAGAACGGCCAUUGCAAACAGUGUCACGCAUCUUGCAAAACGUGCGCCGGCCCUGGAGAGAACAAUUGCAUCUCCUGUCAAAAACCGUUACUCCUCCAAGCGAAACGGUGCGUGUACCAAUGCGACGACGGUUAUUACUCGAUGGCGCAACCAUCUGGACCCGUCUGCGUGCCUUGCUUGCACACGUGCAAAACCUGCGUGUCUCGAUUGAACUGUACCGCGUGCCAAGACGGAUUGCAAUUGCAGAGCGGAGAGUGCAGGUCCUCUUGCGCCCAGGGAUACUAUAGCGAUCGAGGUCAGUGCGCGAAAUGCUAUCUGGCGUGCAAAACGUGUUCCGGGCCCAGAAGGGAUCAAUGCGUGACCUGUCCCGGUGGUUGGCAACUAGCGGCGGGCGAGUGUCACCCGGAAUGUCCCGAAGGAUUCUUCAAGUCCAACUUCGGUUGCCAGAAGUGUCACCAUUACUGUCGCACGUGCAAAGGCGAGGGGCCGAAGGAAUGCACCUCGUGUCCACCCCACUCGAUGCUCGAGGACGGCCUGUGCAAAGAAUGCCUCGGGGCGCAGUACUACGAUUCUCUGACGCGGCUCUGCAAGAAUUGCCACCCGGAUUGUCGAAGGUGCACCGGCUCUGGGAAGUUCAGUUGCGCCGCUUGCUCGCCCCCGUUGCACCUGGAUAAAUUGAACAAUCAGUGCGUGCCUUGUUGCACGGGCAACGAGAAGGGUGGCCAGGCCGAAGAGUGUUGCCUCUGCGACCCGGAAACCGGUGGCUGCAGGAACAGCUCGCCGGCUGGCAAGAGAAGAGUGCCAGGGACGGAGUUCGCCUCGGCUGACACGGCCAUCUCCGAGGUGUACACGAGCUACGAGGGGACAACGACCGAUAAAAACGACUCGGUUUCGCUGGCGAUAACGGCCACCACGACCAUCGCCGUCGCCAUUUGUCUCAUAUCUGUCGCCUUGUUCGCCACUAUAUUCAUCGUGCUUCAGGCAAUAUCGGGAAGAAGGGAAAGGAAAAACAAGGGUUACACGCAGUUGUCCGUGAGGGUGGAACCUCCGGACGAUGUUUACGCGGACGACACGCCAGAGCUGAUGACCUAGACACUUGGCAAAGUUUAGCUACUAACCACCGGACCUAAACCAUCGAAGUGUUCGACGACCACGAGACACGGUCUCGAAACCACAGAUUAGACCCGAUCGCGUGUUUCGCGUGCCGGUUGUUAUUGGGAACGUGCGACGAUCGGGAUCGGGGACAACUAAUAAGCCGCGCUUCAAG